AACAAACUCUGUAACACUCUCGAGUCUCGACUAUCGAGCUAGGGCUUAAACGUUCAUCGUUGUUUCCAUCAGAACCAAACCAGAGAGGAUGCUUUCAGGGGAUAUACCUCCAAAUCAAACCAUUUACAUUAAGAAUCUCAAUGAAAAGAUCAAGAAAGACGAGUUAAAGAGAUCUCUGUAUUGCUUAUUCUCUCAAUAUGGAAGAAUUUUGGACAUUAUUGCUCUGAAGACACCUAAGCUUCGAGGACAGGCAUGGGUUUGUUUUAGUGAAGUAACUGCUGCCAGUAAUGCAGUCCGACAGAUGCAAAACUUCCCAUUUUAUGAAAAACCUAUGAGAAUUCAAUAUGCAAAAACAAAGUCAGAUUGUAUUGCUAAAGAAGAGGGAAGCUUUGUUCCAAGGGAAAAGAAAAAGAAACAAGAGGAGAAAGCUGAGAAAAAGAAGUAUGCUGAUGAAUCAAAACAAUCUGCAGUGCCUAAUGGUGGAACACAUGGUGCAAGUAAUGGUGGCUCAACACAGGCCUCAUUCCGUCCAGGUUCUGGUGCCCAAGAGGCAGCUGCUCCCAACAAUAUUUUGUUCAUAGAGAAUUUGCCUUAUGAAACUACCGGCAGGAUGCUCGAAAUGCUUUUCGAACAAUACCCAGGUUUCAAGGAAGUACGCUUGAUAGAAGCAAAGCCAGGUAUCGCGUUCGUAGAUUUUGAAGAUGAUGGGCAAUCAUCCAUGGCAAUGCAGGCUCUUCAAGGCUUCAAAAUUACCCCUCAAAAUCCCAUGAUCAUAAACUUUGCUAAGAAGUAACUAAUCGCUUUUCUGCAUUCAAUAUUCGAAGCAAAUUUUGCGUACUGUAUUAGUGUAGAUCUUUUCAAAACCAAUUGCAGAAGUUGUAAGUUUACAGGAAGUUAGAUUAAAGUAGACGGAAAGUGAGUAAUCUAUAUCACAUUUGUCGGAAGAUUGAGGCAGUGCUUGGUAUAACAAUGUCUAUUGAUUGUAUGUGGUUUAUUUUCAUUUUCUCUGUAUAACAAUUUCUCAUUUACUUUGUAAACUAGGUUCUAUGAGCUGUUACAUUUCAUUGGCCUAGACAAUACUCCGGUUUUUACGUUUUUGCUU